CCCUCUUCUCGGUCUCCCUAUGGCAAGGUGGCUCCAAGUGACUUCGUCGUUCAUGUCGCGAUCACUCGUUAAGCUCGUCUUCGAACAAUCGGAUAAUUCGCGAAACACUCGAUAUACCUCGUGCGAUUCUCUUGACCGAUUCAUCACGCGCGACAACUCGUUACAAUUUUUUUCUUUUUUUUUUUUUCUUUUUUUUGUGAGAGAGAGAGAGAGCAUAUUUGUAGCAAAUUUCCCGAAUUCCAAGAUUUUAGUGAAUAUUUUUGACGGCGAUCAUGUAAGCACGAAGAUGAUCUACAAUUAAUCUUGCCAACCCGGUCUUAUCAAUUUCACUUGAAAAACGCCAACAAUAUCACGAUAUAAAAAAAAUUAAACUGUGCGACCCAUAUUCCCGCGUGUAAUACUUUUCGGUCUGGCAAUUUUGUUGGAGGGGAGAAAUGGAAACGAGAAUUUGGGUGAUUCUCAGUCUAAUCGGUCUAUCACAGGCGGACAAGUCAGUCAACAUCUUGACGCCUUCAGGCAAUCUCAACACUUUCGAAGAAGAGAACAUACUACACGUGCUGUCGCGCAACAAGACUGAUACGACAAAAAACUUCACUUUCGACGAGCUAAUCAGCACUAUCAGCAAUUAUACAAUCGUCCCCGAAAAGAAUGUAUGGAGCGAUGGCAAACUGGAAAUGCAUCACACGAAUCCGCAUUAUGAAAAUUUUUCCGAAGAAAUCGAUCUCGAGGCACGUAGAUUAUUGCAUAUCCUUCCCGCUUAUGAUCCUGGUGCAGGUGGCGUCAGCACGGAAUGCAAACAACAUUCUGAUAUCUUUCAUGAGGAACUCAGGAAGUUUACAUUAUGGGCUCUCAAAAUGUACGACGCGACCGCGAAGAUACCUUCCGGUCUGCUCAACGGAAAUAUUAAUCAAUUCGGUGAUUUCGACGAAUGCGUUGGUAUCGAGGGCAAGAAUGGCAUUCGAGGACAAUAUUGUCUGGCGUAUCUACAGUUGGAUGUCGAUCAGUCCCGAGCGGAUCUUAAAUAUCUGCAUCGUCUGCUACAUUCGCACUAUGCAUUCCGCAGUAACAUGACCGACCCUGGACAUAGAGUGCCGCGUUUUACUACCGUAAAUUGGGCCGUAUGCACACCCGCAUCGUGUACAGCCCAAGACGUGAAAGCCUCUCUUCAAUAUGCUAUCUCAAAGUACACGUCUCAAACUGGUCUCAAAAUUAGGCUGCAUGUGGACAAAGAGAUGUGUCAAGUGAAGGAGCAACUUGUUCUAUCAAAAGCGACCAUCGCUGCUGGUCUUCUCUUCGUCACCGUGUUCAUCCUGACUCUCGUAGCUGCAUACUACGAUCAUUACAAAAUAUCAGGCAGUGAACUGCUUUUAUCAUUCUCUCUGAAACGUAAUGUCCGGAAACUUUUCUCAUUGGAAAGGUCGCAGGGUGAUAUAGCGUCGCUUCAUGGUAUUCGAUUUUUAAACAGCCUUUUAUUGCUUGUAGCUCACAAGAGUAUGGCGACGUUUUUUAUUCCCUACAUGAAUCGGACUUACAUGAGCGAGUUUUUAGGUAAAUCGUGGACUGUCAUAGGAAGAGCGGCAAGUCUAUAUACCGACCCGUUUAUCAUGCUGUCCGGUCUAUUAACAACGUACUCGUUUGUAGGCAGAUUGAACAGGACCGGGACGUUAGAUAUCAAGACCGAAUACUUGUCGCGCUUGCUGAGAUUGGUACCGACUCUAGGAGCGCUGAUAUUAUUUUGUACUCACAUCAUGCCGUAUAUCGGAUCCGGACCGCAGUGGCCGUUGGUGGUGACUAAUCACGCCAACAUCUGCAAAAAAACAUGGUGGCGGAAUUUCUUAUUUAUUCACAAUUAUUUUGGAUUCGAAAAUAUGUGUCUUACGCACACGCAUCAUGUGGGAAUAGACACGCAAUUAUUUGCGAUUUCACCCGUGAUGGUGUUGUUUCUAUAUAAAAAACCAAGGAUCGGCGUCAUUAUACUUGGUGCAAUAGCCCUGAUAUCGACGAUAUUGAGAUUUUACGUCACGUAUACCAGAUAUCUCAAUAAUUAUGUGUAUUUUGGCACAUCGAUAAGACAGUUAUUCGAUACUGCCGAUUUUUCCUAUACACUACCAUCGCAUAGAUUAACCGUUUACAUCAUAGGCAUCUUUGCGGGCUAUUUACUUCGGAAUAUACCUAAGGAUUUCAAACUGAGCGCAACAGCUCUCUAUACGGGUUGGACUGUGUGCAUUAUAAUGUUCUUGGCAUCUUUUUUCGGGCCCUCUAAAAUGGGAUCAAUCGAUUACGUAUACGAUCCGAUCCACGCAGCUACUUAUAACGCGUUCGCUCCUAUCGGAUGGUGUGGAUUGUUCCUUUGGAUAGCUAUAACACAGCAUACUGGCAGUUCAAACGGAUUCUUGAGUAAAUUAUUCUCUUGGCGAGGAUUUCUUAUUACUACGAGGAUUAGUUAUGCCGUCUAUUUAACGCAAUUCCCGAUAUAUUUCUACAAUGUUGGACAAACUCGCACUGCGGAGCACUUUGAAUUUUUCAGGGUAAUGAUAAAUUUGAAAGAAAUAAUAUGGAUUAUUUGCAUGUCCAUAAUUCUCACGCUGUUGUUCGAUUCACCGUUCCAAAAUCUAAAAAAUUAUUUAUUGAAAAAACCAGUGUUGCAAAAAGAUAAAACAAAGUCAGCCAAAAUAGAAUAGAUCUCUUUUAAUUUAAAUGAUUUGGACUAAAUGUUUUAUCUUGAUCACAACAUUCUAGAAUUUUGUACAUAGUGUUUUCAACUCUAUUGAUGUAAUUAAUAUCUAAUGAAAACUUAAGUAGAGAAAAAAGUUAUCAUAUCAAAUUGAGUCAUAAAUAUUUUUUUCUACGGAAAAAUAUAUAAUUAGCAAAACAAAUCAAAAAAAGUAUCUUCUAAAAAAUUUCUCUCUUGAAAACCUAGAUAUGCAUUUUAAAUAAUUAUAAGCACAUAUUUACAUAAAUUUUUCCUCUGCACAUGUAGCUAUAUAAAUAUAACUGUAAAUAUUAGUUUUUCAUUACCUUUCGUACAAUUUUCUGAUAAACUUAAUAUAUUUACAAAGAAUAUUAUGUACAUUUUAUAUUUAGGUAGUACAUUAUAAAUUAUAAAUCAUAAUUUAUAUAAAUUAGUAUUGAAUACUUUAAUUUCUUUGGCAAUAAAAAAAAAAUUAUUAAUAAUAUAAAGUAAAUCUAAAAAAGUAAAUAAAAGUAGAUGGACAAAAACUUUUUCUAUCUAUAAAUCAGAUAAAAAAGUAAUUAACCUAAAGCAAAAACAAUCAGCCACAUAAUUAAAAAAUAUGUUUAUUAUAAUAUAAUUAAAUUAUAUAUAUAUUUUAUUAUAAAUUACCAGCACAAUACAUCAAUGUGGAAAGGUAAAAUAUGAAGAUCUCAUAAUUAUUGUGUAUGUACAAGUGUCUUUUGAUUAGGAAUAUAUUGCUCAGGAAGUUUUGGACAAUAAAAUAUAAUUAUUGUUAAAAAUAUUAAAUACACAUUUCAUAUAUAA